AUUUUGGUUUAAACCCGAGCUUUUUAGCGAAUUACUUCGACAUUUGAUUCAAGCACGGUAAUAGUGCGUUCUUACAACAAACGCGAUAUCUGUUGGCAGUCUCGCUUGUUUUGUUCAUUUCUACUACAUCUGUCGGUUGAGAGAAUUCCGCGUGUAGGUUUAAUUUUUGACUUCGGAAAAUGUCUCAAGACAAUGUCACUACGACGGUGUUGUCUGUAAAAGGAAUGACAUGUGCGAGUUGUGUCGCCUCCAUUCAAAAUGCAUUGCAGCCGCUUCCCGGAAUGAAAAACUUUACGGUUACAUUGAUGUUGGAGCGUGCUGUUGCUUUGCAUGAUUCGGCCACUUUGUCUGCUGAAGAAAUCAAGGAGCAUAUUGAAGAUUGCGGUUUCGAUGCUGAGAUUUCACAUUCGAGCUGUGGUGAACAUGUAAACGUGGCUCACUAUACCAUUGAGUCUGACUUGGGAGAUGUUGACUGGUCCAAAAUUCAGAGAGAGUUACUCUCUCUUGAGGGUGUACUCGCAGCUCGAAAAGUUCUCUUGGGUUCUAGUAACUCGGAAAUACAAGUGGCUUUUGACGAAGAGAGCAUUGGUCCUCGUCGCAUCUUAUACACACUAUAUGGAUGCCAGGUCCCAUGUGUUUACAAGCCCGUUGACAAUGUAACAGCCCAAGUUUUGUCCCUUAAAAGAAUUAACGCUCAACGUAUUUGGGGGUUUCGGUUCUGGUUUGCCCUCUUCUUUUCAUUGCUUGUCAUGUCUGUUGAUGAAUUGCCUCAUAUUUUCAACUACUUUCACGAAUUUUUUGAAAUGCCAUCAGUGUAUGGUUUUUAUCUCUCUGAUGUUCUAGCUUUUUUACUUUCUGUACCUGUUCAGCUUUGCGUAGGUCGUGCAUAUUUUGUUACUGCGUAUCGAUCUAUAAGACACGGAGGUGCGAAUAUGGAUGUAUUAGUUUCCAUUGGAUCGUUGACUGCCUUUUUUGCAAGUAUCUUUUUUCUCGUUUAUUAUCGUGUUUUGUCUUUGGAGGAACGCGCACCAGUGUUCUUUGACACAAGUAACAUGCUUCUUACCUUUGUGACGCUGGGUCGUUUUUUGGAAAAUAAGGCAAAGGGCGCUACGUCUACAGCACUUUCACAUCUACUCAAUCUUGUGCCUUCCAGUGUUACGUUAUUGAGGGGAGGAGAACAAACUGAUAUAUGUGUUGAUCUGAUUGAACGUAAUGACAAACUUCUUAUUAAGCCCGGCGACAAGAUUCCUGCUGACGGUUUUAUCACUGAAGGACAUUCAUACAUAGAUGAAAGCUCUGUCACUGGGGAACCGACUCCUGUUUUCAAAUCAGAAGGCUCUACGGUUCUCAGCGGUACUACGAACGGCAAUGGGCGCCUUAUAAUGCAAGCGACAAAAGUACCAAGGGAAUCGCAUCUUGCUCUUGUUGUCAAGCUUGUGAGGGAAGCACAGUCGAACCAAGUACCUAUCCAGCGCUUUGUGGAUAAGGUGAGUGCGAUAUUUGUUCCCGCGAUUUUAUUGCUUGCUCUUUCAACAUUCAUUUUCUGGUUUUGUUUGACAGAGUUUACCAAUUACAAGCCGCCUCUCUUUCAGUCGUCUGCUGGUAACUUUGCAGUGUGUCUCAACAUUACCAUGAGUGUCAUCGUUGUUGCCUGCCCGUGCGCAUUUGGUCUAAGUACGCCAACUGCUGUAAUGGUGGGUACUGGUGUUGCUGCUCUAAAUGGAAUCUUAUUCAAAGGUGGUGACGUUUUAGAACGAUUGGAAAGUGUCGAUGCUGUGGUUUUGGAUAAAACAGGCACCCUUACAAAAGGUUCAUUAAGUGUUAGCGAUUAUGCCUUUGACGCGGAAGCCUUGGCUGCUUCAGGUUUGAGUGACGAGUCUUCGGUUUGGCGUGCAGUGAAGACUAUUGAGCGUGCAAGUGAGCAUCCAACUGCAAAAGCCAUGUUAACGAAAGCCAACGAAAUUGAUUCGCUCAAUGUAUACUCAAUGGAUAACUUCUCAGCCAUACCGGGUUAUGGCGUCGGUGCUGACAUUAUAUUUGACGAAAAGGAAACGCGAGUUAUGAUUGGAAACUACUCUCUUAUGGAGUCAAGUCACGCUGUUAUGAGUGAAGCGAUACAACAUCACUAUUCCGAUUACUCCAGCAAAGGGAAGACAUGUAUAUUUGUUUCUGCGAAACGAUGGGUUGUGGCAGUUGUCGCGUGUUCCGAUGAAAUACGACCAAAUGCUCGACAAACAGUUUCCGAGUUUUUAAACUUGCAUAAGAAUGUUUAUAUGCUCACUGGUGACCAACCGGAGACUGCGGAGUUCGUCGCUAAUGAGGUAGGCAUUCCGAAAAGCAACGUACGUGCGGGCGUUUCUCCUGCAGGAAAAGCAGAGUUCAUUGAAGCGCUUCGUAAGGAAAACCACAUCGUUGCAAUGGUUGGCGAUGGUAUAAAUGAUUCACCUUCGUUAACUCUCGCCGAUGUUGGCAUCUCAUUUUCUACGGCUUCUGGUUUGGCAGCUGAGAGUGCCGAUGUUCUUUUGACCCGCGUCGGUUCAAUAAUUGAUACGGUUGUUGCUUUUUCGCUUGCACGUUCCAUCUUUCGUCGAAUCCGGCUGAACCUUCUUUGGGCUUGUGCUUAUAAUUUUGUUAUGUUACCCGUUGCAAUGGGUGUUCUUUUGCCAUGGGGUAUUUACUUGCCUCCUAUGUUUGCAAGUACCGCCAUGAUGUUUUCUAGUUUGAGUGUUAUCUGCAGCAGUCUCAUGUUGAAAAGGUGGAAACGCCCCUCGCGUUUUAAUGAUUUUCAAGAAGAGGCUACUUCGGACUACGAAACGGAACAAACUCCGUCAGACUUCCUAUCCUUUCCACGUCGUCAUCUUCGCCGACUUUUUGGUAUCUCUUCGGGUCAACAGUCCUACAUGGCCGUUCCUAAUGUCGUCUGAAUACCGCUCCUUUUUGGUUCAGCAAUUCCUCCUCCGUGUAUUGUUACAAAGGUGAUGAUGCAUCACUUAUCAUGCGUCUUCUCCCGUGUACUAUUUGUUUAUUGUAGUAUUAACUGGUCAAAAAUAAUAAUUCUGUGUAUUCGUUCUUCUUA